AGAAAACGAGUGGCCGCAGCCACAGCAGGAAAAGAGGCAUCCAUUGUGAUCUUCGUUCGGUGGAUUCGUGCGUGCUCGUCUGAAUUUUUAUUCACAAAUCGUUGAGCCAAAGUAAUAUGAGUAAUGUACCCAACCAAAAUGGCACAGGUCUAGAGCAGCAGUUUGCUGAGCUGGACUUGCAGUCGCAGCAGCAGUCCUCUUAUUCACGUGGAGGAUCUAAUAACGGCGGAGGUAGCAACCGAUACGUUCCUCCGCACCUGCGAAACAAGCCGCAACCCAGCGGCGGAGAUUUUGAACAAGAAAGGGAUCGAGGAGGCUCUCAGGACGGUUAUCCGCCUCCUUCAGGUCCACCCCCAGGAGCUCGAGGAGGAGCAGGCGGCGGCGGAGGAGGAUUUUACGGGCGUGGAGGCGACCGAGGAGGAGGCGCUGACUUCAGCAGCUUCAACCGCGGUGGUGGUCGCCGCGACGAUCAGAACGGUGGUGAAGGUGGCUUCCGCGGAGGAGAGAGACGUGGUGAUGAUUGGGGCGGUCGUGGCGGGGGAGGGCGUUGGAAUGACCGAGGCGAUCGUCGCUCGGGUUGGAGUGGCGACUCUUACGGCGGAGGCAAUCGCGGAGGUGGCGGUGGAGGAAACUGGAGCGGCAAUACCCGCUGGAAGGAGCAAACUGACUCUGGCAACUUCACCUCACUCAUGCCACGUGACGAACGCCUUGAGCUGGAGCUCUUCGGCCAGGACCACACCGGCAUCAAUUUCAACAAAUACGAAGAUAUUCCCGUGGAGGCGACGGGCGAUGACAUCCCUCAGCACAUCUCUUCCUAUGACGAGAUUCAGAUGACAGAGAUCAUCGCCAACAAUAUCCAGUUGGCUCGCUACGAGAAACCCACUCCUGUUCAGAAAUAUGCAAUUCCCAUCAUCAUGUCUAGCCGUGACGUGAUGGCCUGCGCUCAGACAGGCUCAGGCAAGACUGCGGCUUUCUUGGUUCCCAUCCUGAACCAGAUGUAUGAAAGGGGACCCCAACCCACCCCCGCUAAUCCCCGCGGUUCCUACUCGCGCCGCAAGAACUACCCCAUGGCCCUGAUUUUGGCCCCCACCCGUGAGUUGGCCACUCAGAUCUUUGACGAGGCAAAAAAGUUUGCUUACCGCUCCCGACUCCGCCCCUGCGUUGUGUAUGGAGGAGCCAAUUUGCUGGAUCAAGUGAGGGAGCUGGAACGCGGUUGUCACUUGCUGGUGGCCACCCCCGGCCGUCUGGUGGACUUGCUGGACCGAGGCAAAGUUGGACUUGAAAACUGUCAAUUCUUGGUCCUUGACGAAGCUGACCGAAUGUUGGACAUGGGCUUCGAGCCACAGAUCCGUCGAAUCGUCCAGCAGGACACUAUGCCACGAGUUGGUGAGAGACAAACCCUCAUGUUCUCGGCUACUUUCCCCAAAGAAAUUCAGAUGCUGGCCAGGGACUUCCUGGACAACUACAUUUUCUUGGCUGUCGGUCGUGUCGGCUCUACUUCCGAGAACAUCACGCAGAAGAUUUUCUGGGUUGAGGAGAUGGACAAGCGCUCCUUUUUACUGGACAUGCUGAAUGCCUCCGAGUUGAAUCGACCCUCCGAAGCACCCGAUUCUCUGACCCUCGUGUUCGUGGAGACAAAGAAGGGCGCUGACUCGCUGGAGGAGUUCUUGGACCGCGAUGGGUACCCGGUAACCUCCAUUCAUGGCGACCGCAGCCAGCGCGACCGUGAAGAAGCUCUCCGUCGCUUCCGAACUGGACAUACGCCCAUUCUGGUGGCUACUGCAGUGGCGGCCCGAGGCCUGGAUAUCCCGCACGUGAAGCACGUCAUCAACUUUGACCUGCCAUCAGACAUUGAGGAGUACGUGCACCGCAUUGGCCGCACAGGCCGAAUGGGCAACCUCGGCACUGCCACAUCCUUUUUCAACGAUAAGAAUCGCAACCUGGUGCGCGACCUGCUUGAGUUGUUGGUUGAAACCAAGCAGGAGGUGCCCACUUGGAUGGAGGCAUUCUCGCAGGACUCUUCUCGUGGCGGUUCUGGUCGCCUGGGUCGUGGUGGCAGCAAGGGCAGGUUCAGCGGAGGCUUUGGCUCCAGGGAUUAUCGCCAGCAGAGAGGUGGUGGCGGAACCUCAGGCGGAGGUGGAAGGAGCUCAGGAUAUGGAGGAUACGGUGGAGGAGGAGGAGGCAGUUAUGGCGGUGGAUACAACAGCGGAAGCUACGGCGGCUCUUACGGAGGCGGUGGGGGCGGCGGCGGGGGAGGAGGCGGCAACACCGACUGGUGGGGCAACGACGGACGUUAAGGAUGGUGGCGACGCAAUCUACUUCUUCAGUCCGGCUCGAUUCUUCAAGAUUUGCUUUCGAUUCGGAAACGGCUUCGCCGCACCAUCAACCACUUCUUUGAGCUAUUCAUUAAUCCAGUUUGAUCACAGACAAGUAGAAUUACAAUCCCUGCGAGGAAAUUUUCCAUAUUGAAUUUUGUUUGAAGCAAAACUAAAUUUGCCGUCCCUGUGCGCGUAUAGACUAGUGGAUUACGUUAUUCGCCAGCGGAAAAAAAGAAAUUUAAAAAUAAUAAAAAAAAAACGGAAAGGGAGAAGUUUUUGCGUCCGUCAAGGAAGGACGUGGGGGAAGAAGCACGACGGGGGUAAUAGCGAGAUGUUUUAACGUAAAAAUACAGAGCUAUCUGGCCCUUGUGCUGUGUCCUGAGACUGCCAUUGGAUAAAUAAUUUCAAACCAAAUGGCCGAAGUGAGUAGUUUCACUGUGGAGGCCUUAUUUUCUCAAGUCCCGCGCCGAAAUGGACCGAGACGCGCGUUUUAAACAAAAAGAAAGAAGAAACUGUGAUGUUUUUCCACCACCGAAAGGCCACGCUUCGUGUAUGUGGCCCAAAGAACAAGAAAAAAAAACACCAAACAACCUUCAUCCUUUUGUCGGUACAAAAGAAAGGAAUUUGACUUUUCAAUUUUCCACCCGGAGAACUAGUUGAGGGGAACUCUCUUGAUUAGGGUUCAGGCCAGUUAAUUUUUAAAACAGAAAUUUAAUCACUCCUCUCCCAAGCUAUCGAGAAAGAAAAUUACUAAGAAUCAACAAUUGUGUUGAACACAAUUUCGCGCUUACUGUGAUAUUUUAAUUUAAUAUAUCAAUCAAACUAAAUCAGCCACAAGAAGCAACAACUAUUACUACACACAUUGCACCAAAAGAACACUUCAUUCCCAAGCGGGAGUAUAUUCCGCCAAAAAUAUCAAGUUCCUUUUUAACCGUAAUUAAUUGUCUUUGGAAUUUCAAACGCUGGUGACAAUUUAUAGUUAAGACCGCAAGAAGUCUCUCUCUGGUUGCUUGAUUGUACUUUCAUACUUUCUAUACAAUAAUCUCUUGUAGUAAUUUAUAUAAUUCUCAGCAGUAAGCAAAAAUGAAAUGAAGAAAGCUCGGAUAAUUUAAAAAUAGAAAAAAAGGCAAGGCCAGCAAUAUAAUAGAUAUUAAGAAAACGUCCAGCCUUAUUCAAAAAGCACAAUUCUGGAGUGCAUCUCUGUGGUACUACAAGUGCAAAAACACUAGUAAAUUUAAAGGUAUUUUAGUGGCGCUGGAUGUUUUCUUGUUUGUUUUGAAUUAAUUUAAAAGAGCGUCUCGUACAUUGCACAAAAAUUUCGAAAGGCGCGAGACAGUAUUUUGAUUGCUUUUCAGUACUUACGAUAUAAUUUUUUUUCUGUCAAAUUCCAAAUUGAUCAGUAUUUUUUGCGGACAGAUGGUGCACGAUUAUGACGCCUUUGAUGGCUUUGCCUGUGAUAAAUAAAUGAGAAUUUAAAGAAGAAACCUAAACUUGGACGGGAGAGGAGAAUUGAACUUACGAAAGUAAAAUUCUUGCCCUUCUAAAACGAUUCGCACUCAAAUGAUAUUCAUGAAUCUAUUUAGUUUUGCGAGCGGUCCCGAGGAGGAGGCAGGGCGGUCGAAUGAGGCGCUGGCCGCUGGUGUGGCCGCCGCCUUCUCGCGGGGACUCUUCACGGACAGAAAACGAAUUUUGGGGUCGGGGGAUUUUUUUAAUUUAAAAGUGUUUAUUUGGGGAUGGGGCGGGGGAGGCAGGCAUCAGGAUAGAGGAAUCAGUACAAGGCGAGCCAGCUAGCGCAACGAGACGACAAUGAAAAUGAUCUUCUAAUGAAAAAAUUCAAUCAGGGGAUGGCAAAAUGCAUGUUUGACGAUAAAAUAAUAAAUAAUAUCGAAGGAAAACGAAGUUUUGUGUUUUUUCAAACGAUGUUUUUUUUUCUUUUGUAAUCUGCAAAGCUUUGCAUUUACAAGAAAA